AUGUCCUUGAAAGAGCAACAAACAGGAACGCGUGAGGAAUUUGUGUUGGAAAUGAUUGAUCAUGUAAAGCCCAGAAUUGUGUCAAAUUAUUUUGUGGUCAAUGAUAGACCUUUUCCGAUAGUUGCUCCUGAAGACAUUAUUGAGAAGGAGAAUUUGCAAAAGUGUUCAUUUUGUUACUUACAUGCCGAGCACACACCCUGUGGACAGGAAUUAAAAUUAAUGACUGAUUGUCAAACCAAACAUGGACUCACGGCAGAAAUCAACCCAGAAAAGUUGGAAGACGUUGCUAAAGACCCAUGCUUUCCAAUUUUUGCUUCUCAUUUCUUUCCUUGUUUCAAUAAGAUUGAAUCUCAUCCUUAUUAUUACUUUCGAUCAAAUAUACUAUUUGGAUUAGGAACGAAAAAUCUUUUAAAAACUUGGUUUGACAUCCAAAAAUUCAAUGCACUGUCGUACCUUAACUUUAGACGAGGAAAUACAGAGCUAAAUUCAUGA